AUCACACAUCAAGGGCUAUUUGGCUUGUAUGUGUAGUUGUGUCCAAGGACUUUCUCGUUUUCAACUCUCAGUGUAUCAUGUCCCAUGGACUCCAGCUGAUGUUCCAUAUCAGUUAAACUGUCCACAUUUUCCCACUAAUCCCAACCCCCUAUAUUUUAGUUCCUGUUUUUUUUGAUAACUGAUAACUGAGAUAACUGAUUUGCCCCUGUGAUAAAAACAUCUUUGCAUGCCUUCCUACUGUAUAUAAUCCAAAGUUUAAAUGAAAUAGAAUUUACCUCUGACAUUGAAAUGUGUGAAGUUAAGAUUUUUGGGGAAAUUGGCAAGACAAGUGUGUUGUGUGUUUGAGGCUUUAUCACCAUUUAUCUUUCACCCGGGUUUAAGAAUGAUGGUGGUAUAAUAAUCCUUCUGCAUGGUUACCUGCACUGGGAGAUUAUGCCUGUCUCUCUCUCCUGGGAGUUUGUCAGAUGUGGAGGCAACCUAUAUGUCUGUAUGUGUGUGUGUCCCCGUGUAUGUCCAGUAUGAGCGUGUGCACGUGUUUGUGUAAUUGUGAGGGCAUGUGUUUUUUAGUUCAUGUAUGAAAAUAUUUGAGCAUAUGUGGAUGUACGAUAGAGCAUGGUUGCGUGUCUUAAAGUGGGUGUACAGAUUAAUGUGUAUGAUGAUUACAGUUGCUUGUACGCUUGCGUUAAUACUUAAUAUACAUGUUGGAAGAGAUCCAGUGUGGGUGUAUCCUCCACAUACGAGCGCGAUAGCCCAGUGUGGACCCUGCUACCAGAGAGAGUGAUGGUGUAGUUCGCUGGGGCUGCUUUCCCUCCUUCGCUGAGAUUUGAUUUACUUGUCUGAGGUGUGACCUCAUCAUCCAGGCUGUGUGAUACCCCACCUCCCCAAGGCAGGAUCCACAUCAACAUCAUCAGCUGGUAGAAACUGGGCAGGGCUUGUGUGAGACAUCUCUGAUUCCUGUUAGUUUGACGCAUGUGUGCUUGCUUGUGUGUGUGUAGGAGAGACACAGGGAGUGUGUGCAUGUGUCUAUGAGAGAGAGAGAGAGAGAGAGAGAGAGAGAGAGAGAGAGAGAGAGAGAAAGGUAGCGCAAGAGUGAGCGAGAGAGAGAGAGACAAAGCAAUACAGCGUGUAUCAUGCAUGUGCAUUAACCGAGUCCCAGCAGCGGCAGAGGCAGAAACAGCAGCAGAGAGAGAGAGAGAGAGAGCGAGCGAGAGAGAGAGAGUUAGAGGGAGGGAAGAUAAGCUCGGUCACAGAACAAAAGCUGCAGAGACUGUUCAUGGUCUUAGCUUAUGCCUUCUAAAAAAGAGCAGUGGGGUAAAGGAGCACAAUAGAAAAGGCACAGUGACACUGAAUCCAAAGCGGCUUCUUCUCCAUGUUUUUGGGGAUCCUGCAUUCGACUGCCCUCAUCUCCAAACAGAAAGGAUGUCCGUGUCGGGGAAGAAGGACUUUGACGUGAAGCAGAUCCUUAGGCUCCGCUGGCGUUGGUUCAGUCACUCCUCCCAGAGUUCUGCUGGAGGGGGAGGCGGAGGUGGAGGAGCUUACAUCCAGCAAGAGGGCUUCGACCACAGGGGCACACCAGUCCAGAGUCGGCUCAAGAGUCACUCCCGGGACAGAGGUGGGCUCCGGAAGAGCAGCAACAGUCCAGUCCAUAGUAUCCUGGUGCCGACUCCUGGUCCCACACCUGUAUGUGUCAGGGCAGGCCGUCAAUCAUGGCACAACCUGCACAGGCCCAUCUACCACCUGGCAGCCAGCCAGGAGGCUCCAAAAACAGGUGAUUCCUCCAACAACACUGAGGAGGCAGAAGCCAAGAGCAACCUGGAGAAUGUGAAUAGCAACACAGAGGACCUCUCCGAGGUGGAAGCAGGAGAAAGGUUGACUCUAAGUAGCUACUCAAGGAUGAGCUCCAAUUGCUCUGAUGAGUUCUUCCAGGCUACGAACCAUGCGGAACAGACCUUCCGCAAGAUGGAGACGUAUCUUCAGCACAAACAGCUGUGUGAUGUUCUCCUGAUCGCAGGAGAUCAUAAGAUCCCAGCCCACAGACUUGUCCUAAGUGCGGUCUCAGACUACUUUGCUGCCAUGUUUACCAAUGAUGUGAGAGAGGCAAAACAGGAGGAAAUCAAGAUGGAGGGUGUGGAUCCUGAUGCCUUGAGAUCAUUGGUUCAUUUUGCUUACACUGGUGUCCUUGAACUGAAGGAGGAGACUAUUGAGAGUUUAUUGGCAGCUGCCUGCCUGCUCCAGCUCUCACAGGUCAUCGAGGUCUGCUGUAACUUCCUCAUGAAGCAGCUCCAUCCUUCCAACUGCCUGGGGAUACGCUCCUUCGCAGAUGCCCAGGGAUGCGUGGACCUGCUCAAUGUGGCCCACACCUAUACCAUGGAGCAUUUUCUGGAGGUAAUCCAGAACCAGGAGUUCCUCUUGCUCCCGACCGCUGAGAUAGUCAAGCUGCUGUCCAGCGAUGACAUCAAUGUCCCCGACGAGGAGACCAUCUUCCAGGCGCUGAUGUUGUGGGUUAGGUACGACGUUCAGCAGCGACAGCAAGACCUGGGGCUGCUCCUGGCCAACAUUCGUCUACCCCUUCUACCCCCACAGCUCCUAGCCGACUUGGAAAACAACAAGAUGUUUUCGGAUGACCUGGAAUGCCAAAAGCUACUUAUGGAGGCUAUGAAGUACCACUUACUGCCGGAACGUCGCCCGAUGUUCCAGAGCCCCAGAACCAAACCUAGAAAGUCCACUGUCGGAGCUCUUUACGCUGUUGGAGGAAUGGAUGCUACCAAAGGCUCCACAACCAUUGAGAAGUAUGACCUAAGGACCAACACCUGGAUACAGGUGGGCAUCAUGAAUGGGCGCAGGCUCCAGUUCGGGGUGGCGGUCAUCGAUAACAAGCUCUAUGUGGUCGGGGGCAGAGAUGGACUCAAGACCUCCAACAUGGUGGAGUGCUACAAUCCCAUCAACAAAGUGUGGUCCACAAUGCCCCCCAUGUCAACACACAGGCAUGGCUUAGGUAUUGCUGUGUUAGAGGGUCCUAUGUAUGCUGUCGGGGGCCAUGAUGGAUGGAGCUAUCUGAACACGGUGGAGAGGUGGGAUCCCCAGGCCAGACAGUGGAACUACGUGGCCAGCAUGUCCACCCCACGCAGCACCGUAGGAGUUACUGCACUCAAUGGGAAAUUGUUUGCAGUUGGAGGCAGAGAUGGGAGCUCAUGUUUGAGAUCCAUGGAAUGCUUCGAUCCACACACCAACAAGUGGAGCAUGUGCGCGCCCAUGGCAAAGAGGCGAGGGGGGGUGGGUGUGGCCACCUACAACAGUUUCCUGUAUGCGGUCGGAGGCCAUGAUGCCCCAGCGUCAAAUCACUGCUCUCGACUCUCGGAUUGUGUAGAGAGGUAUGACCCAAAGACAGACACAUGGACAACCGUGUCGUCCCUCAGUGUCCCCAGAGACGCUGUUGGAGUGUGUCUGCUGGGAGACAGGCUCUACGCUGUGGGAGGAUAUGAUGGUCAGUCUUACCUGCACAACGUUGAGUCCUACGAUGCACUGAACAACGAGUGGACUGAGGAGGUGCCGCUCAACAUUGGCAGAGCGGGUGCCUGUGUUGUGGUAGUGAAACUGCCUUGAGGACUUAAAAAAAAGAAUUCUGGGAAGAGGUACAAAAAAAAAACUACACUGGACAUGCAAGCAGGAGAUUCUCCACUGAGAAUCACUUUUCUUUGUUUUUCUACUUGGAAAACACUAGAAACACACAAAGCAUUGUUUUGUAUUAACAACUUUUCAGACAACUUGAAAGGACAUUUAAUUGUUAGUAAGAAUGCACCAUAAAUUCUCAACAUGAUGAACAGAUGCAAUUUGUAAGAAACAGUGCCAUGCUUUUGUCAGUAUGCUUGUCUGAAAUCCUUUGUAAAAUAUAAACAUAGGACAAAUAAAGCUAUGUUUAAAAUUAGUUAUCCUAUCGGAGGAUUAGUUUUACAUUUAUAAAGUAAAGUGACAUUAUAUAUUUGUCUCAUCCCAUAUAUUUUUGAGGUUUAUAUAUUCCCUUGUAUUCCUCUCUUUUAGCCAGUUGGAAAGUAUGUGUAAUUUUAAUACAUUUGAAGCUUCUGUAAAUGAUUGAAUUGACUUGACUUCAUUUGAGUUCAUUAGCUGAUGCUCUCUGAAUACGUCCUUUUUUAUUCUUGAAUUAAGUGUUUUUGAAGGACCACUGUGAACACUGUAAUUAUUAAGUUUGCUAUUGCAAUACUUGUGUCUCCAAUUGGAGGAAAUUGCUCAUGCACAGGACUCUGCUCAACACUUAGUUUUUAGUCUGGAAAUAAUGUCCUAACGGACCUUUACUAAAAUGUUUCUUGAUGGAAGUUGUAGCUAAAUAACACCAAAGUAAUUAGCUUGUAUUAGUCAUGUACACUUAAAAAACUUUUACACAAUUGUGGAGAUAAGAAAUGCAGUAUAUCAUAUUGAUAUUUAAAGUCAUUUGCAAGCUUGCCAAAAGUAUGUCAUAUUUAUACACUUUCUAGAGCUAGGCCUGCCUGGUAGGGGUAGAGGCAACACAUUAAACCAUUAUCAGGAAUUAAAUACAUGCUAUGUGUAUAAAUGAGUUUCUAUACAGUUUAUUUCAUUGGGAACAUAUUCAAUGAUAAACACACUGUACUUUUCUAUCCCGUUAUGUGCUAGCAGUUGGUCAUGAAAGUCCAAAAAUGUAAUCACACUAGUCAAAAUUGUUGUCACCCAUUGGAACAAAAUAACAGUAACAUAUAAUGUAAUUUUGAUUAAAUGAAGAAAGUUAGGGAUGACACUUAGGUAUUAAGCUUCUGUGGUUACAACUAGGCAUUACACUGUCUGUUUUGUUAGAGUAAGGCUUACAGUUGGUGAGGGUUUCUAAGGUUAGAAUAACUCCAGGACCCAAAAGCAAAAUUAAAUCGCUAGCACUUUACUGGGAUCAAAACCAGAACCCUUAGGUUAAGCACAACCUAUUUACAAAAACUUCUGCUGUGUUAAAUUAAAUUAUAUUCACAUUUCCCUUCAAACUGCUGAUGCUAUUCUAACAUGGUUAAGUUUCAGAGCAUGUUCUAUCUCGGACACACAGUAUGUGCGCAAAUGGGAAGCAUUGUGUACAAAACAGCAUAUGCUGUGAAGGUGGUGGGGAAGAUAUGGAGGACAGAUGAAUCUCCGGAUUACACCAACUGAGUGAAAAGCUUUUGGCUCUACUUUUGAUGCAGACCCUUACUAUCAAACAUGAAUUUACAUGUCUAUAUGUAUGAAGAAAAAACAACAGUGAAAUUUAUUUUUUAUUUUGAAUUGCAUCUUGUUACAGACUACUAGAAAUAUAAGAAAUUCAUACAUUUCCAAUGCCCUACAAAAACAGAAAAAAUCUGUCUAAAUUGCCACAGCCAAAAUGUUUAGUACUGUAGGCAAUAAAUACAUUAUGAACCAGGCUACAGGGUACAUAGCCUAGAAUUAUGGGAGAGUUAUGGAAUGACCAUUGGCUUGAUAAGUGAUUUCUGAAAUUAAGUAGCCUUGUCAGUUAAAUAACAAUUUCCAUAACUUAUUCAAUAUUAUUCAUAUUAUUUGCUCAACAAAUCAACUAAACAGUGUCCCAAAAACGGUCAAAAUAGGUUAUUUCAAAAGUUUUGUCAGUGACAAAAUCAUGUUUAGAGAAAAACUCGUCUUUUAAGGAACUACAGUACAGCUACUUUCCCCAGGUCAUUUGGGUCUUCUCUGUAGAAGGUAAUUUUUGAAUAACUACCCAUUGUACUGACAAUGUGUUUUGAGGUGUUGUGGCAUCAGAGGCCAUAAUUGCCCCGGGAAUUAGUUUAUAUGAUCGUUUUUUGUAUUUACUGAAAGACAUUGUGAUUGUGAAAGUUGAACAUUAAUGUUGAAACUCUUUCUGAGUAGGAUGAUUUGUAAUAGUAAUAAUGACAUGCUUUAAGCCAAACUAUUGAUUUCCAUCAUGAUUUUAUAUUGCAUGCUGAAUUCAACAUGAUACAAUGUAUGAAUACUUUUUUGGUUAUUUGUUCACUACGGAUACUGUUACUAUUGCCUACAAACAAAUAAACAAAAGGAAUGUAAUA